ACGUCAGUGCUGUUCACUGCAUGACCGUCAGCAAUGUCCCCAGAACGGCCCAGGGAGGGACCGAGGAAAGUCACUGAGUCAGUCUCACAUUGUGCUGCCGGGCCACCUGUUAAAGAGCAGCCGCUGUCAUCGCCUGGGUCCCCGUGAAGUAGCAUGCGGGACGGGAUCCGCUCGGAGCGCACUGAGCGGGACGAGCCCAAAGUGAAGUGAGAAGGAGCGGAGAGAGGCGCGCUUCCGCACCGCAUGUUGAGCCAGCAAGUUGCCUGACAGAACAAAAGUCGCGUCGACGGGGAAGACGGGGAGACGCUCUCGGAUUUAACAAAAGCUUUUCAGGAACACUUGUUUCGGAAAAAUGAAAUUCGCGGAGCAUCUUUCGUCCCAUAUCACCCCAGAGUGGAGGAAACAAUAUCUUCGCUAUGAGGCCCUCAAGGAAAUGCUGUAUUCGGCCCAGGACCACGCCCCAUCCAUAGAAGUCACAGAUGAAGACACAGUGAAGCGAUACUACGCUAAGUUUGAGGAGAGGUUUUUCCAGAACUGUGAGAAAGAGCUUCUGAAAAUCAACACGUUCUAUUCAGAAAAGCUCGCUGAAGCUCAGCGGCGGUUUGCAACGCUGCAAAAUGAGCUGCAGUCAUCAAUGGAUGCCCAGCGAGAGCAAAACACUCCGUACGGCCUUCGCAAACGCAAGACGUUGUUCCACCUGACGCAGGAGGAGCGCUCCAAGCACCACAACAUCAUGGACCUGAAGCUAGCCUUCAGCGAGUUCUACCUCAGCCUCAUCCUGCUCCAGAACUACCAGAACCUGAACUUCACUGGUUUCCGUAAAAUCGUGAAAAAACAUGACAAGAUCCUGGACACGACUCGUGGAGUUGAAUGGCGUCUGGCUCAUGUGGAUGUGGCUCCUUUUUACACCUGCAAGAAGAUUACUCAGCUCAUCACUGAGACAGAGACUCUGGUCAUCACAGAGCUGGAGGAAGGAGAUCGUCAGAGAGCUAUGAAGAGGUUGAGAGUUCCUCCUCUGGGGGCAGCUCAGCCUGCUUUGGCCUGGACGACCUUCAGAGUGGGUCUCUUCUGUGGUUUCUUCAUCAUUCUGGUUGUCGCCUUUAUUCUCACUGGUGCUGUUGUCACUCGCUACGAGAAUAUUUGGCCUCUGGUGCGCAUCUAUCGUGGCGGCUUCCUGUUGAUCCAGUUCCUCUUCCUGCUGGGGAUUAACACCUACGGCUGGAGACAGAAUGGAGUCAACCAUGUCCUCAUCUUUGAGAUUGACCCUCGAGAUAACUUGUCACACCAGCACCUGUUUGAGAUUGCUGGUUUCCUGGGUGUGUUAUGGUGUCUCAGCAUCCUCUCGUGUCUAUACUCAGAGUACACCUACCUCCCCAUGCAGGUCAACCCUCUCAUUCUUUACGGCUUCAUGGUGCUCUUCCUCAUCAACCCAUUUAAAACCUGCUACUACAAAUCCCGCUUCUGGCUCAUCAAACUGCUGUUUCGUGUUUUCACUGCACCGUUUCAUCGGGUGGAAUUUGCAGACUUCUGGCUGGCAGAUCAGCUCAACUCUCUGGUCGUUGUACUCAUGGACUUCGAGUAUCUCAUCUGCUUCUACAUCUUUGAGUUGCAGUGGAGCAGCAGCAAGGGGCUGAUUCCCCCAGAUUCCGGUCACCACAUCUGCCACAGCUACUGGUACGGCCUGCGCGCCAUCAUCCAGUGUCUGCCCGCCUGGCUUCGUUUCAUCCAAUGCUUGAGGCGUUACCGUGACACCAAGAGGGCCUUCCCACACCUGGUCAACGCCGGCAAAUACUCCACCACCUUUUUUGUUGUCACCUUCGCAGCUCUCUACAUCACACACCAGGAACAAGGACACACGGACGCAGACAUGUUUCUGUACCUUUUGAUCGUGUUCUCCACCAUCAGCUCCCUCUACACUCUGACCUGGGAUCUGAUUAUGGACUGGGGUCUGUUUGAUCGUGGAGCUGGAGAAAACACUUUCUUGAGAGAAGAAAUCGUUUACCCGCACAAGGCCUACUACUACUUUGCCAUCGUGGAGGACGUGCUUCUGCGUUUUGCCUGGACCGUCCAGAUCUCUCUUUCUACAAUGACCGACCCUCACUCUGUGGGCAACAUCGUGGCCACCAUCCUAGCUCCUCUGGAAGUCUUCAGGCGCUUCGUGUGGAACUUCUUCCGUCUUGAGAACGAGCACCUGAAUAACUGCGGCGAGUUUCGAGCGGUGCGAGACAUCUCGGUGGCGCCGCUCAACGCUGAUGACCAGACGGUGCUGGAGCAGAUGAUGGACCAGGAAGACGGCAUCAGGAACCGUUCAGGCAAGACCUGGAAGAGAAACCACAGCUUGUCUCUCCGACGCCCCCAGCUGUCCUCCUCACACUCAAAGAAGGACACAAAGGUGCUGAUUGAAGAUACGGAUGACGAGGCCUUCAGCUGAGUCCGCUCCAUCAUCUAAAACACACACACACACACACACACACCAUGCUAUAUUUAUAAGGACCGCCGUUCUUUUCCUCCUUCAUAGUGUAACAUGUUGGUUUAAACAUCAGUGUAAUCGUUAAAAUGCAUAAGCUCCUCGUUUUAACAGAGAUUACCUCAUCUUCAUAAUCUCUAGAGUGUCUAGAGUUGGUCCUUAGAAGUAUAGGAAACACAAAGUACAAUCCAGAGACACACAAACACGAAGAGAAAACCUGCUGAAGCACAAGCAACAUGUCAUCUUGGUGCUGUUGAGGAGAGAGCCGACGCUACAUUCACACUGAUGUCAAAGAAACCUUCUUAACUUAACUUACAGAAGCAGAUCACACUGCCUGGGAUGAUUCAAAGCUUUUAUCGAGAAUGACUUCUUUACUGUCUGUUUGGGGCUUUUUUUUUACGUUGAGAUGUUUUGGGUUUUGUUGAGUUUCUCUUCAGGACUCACUGCAGACGACUGUUCACACGCCUUUCUAACACCUCCAGGAUCAACAGGGAGAAGACGAAGCCAAUAAAAGACUAAAACCAGGAAUCUAAGGAAGGACUGAAAACACGUGACACCAUAUCUAACAAAUCAACUGGUUUCAACUUGUUGAUUUCUUUUAUACUCCUUUUGUUAUGUUUUCUUUUCUUUAGCUGUAGUGAACGAUCGCAACCUUUGAAGCGCUUGCAGGAAAAGUGCGUUUACAACAUGAAACAUGAAAAAGGUUCCUUAAAAAAUAUGAAAGAUGUUUCAAUUCAAACACUUAUCUUUGACGUUUCUUUGUUAUAUACGUGUAUUACUACUAUAGAUGUUUAUACUAAUAGACUGUUGAUGUGUUUUAUAGCGUUAAAUGUGCCACGUCUUUAUUAGAAACACAGAGCCCUGAGGUACUCCCCGACUUAAUUAGAGGAUUUUAAAUCUCUGAUGUUAUCUUAAAGUGCUCUUUUACACUGACUUCAGCUAAGGUGCAUGCGUUGCAAUUAACACUGGUUACCAAAGUUUUCUUCCUUAUGAAUGUGAUUCAAAUGAGGAUAAAUCUGUUCAUCACGUCUGCCUGAUCGCGUCAAACGAUACCAGAGCCGGAGUUUUAUUUAUCUGCUGCAAUCUGCUUCAUUUUGUAGUCAGCCUGCGGCUUGUUGGAAACAUGAGUGGACAUCUAAUCCUAUAGAAGGUCUUUAUAUAGGUUGAUCUCAGUAAAUUAGAAUAUUACAAGAAAGUUCAUUUAGUUCAGUAAUUCACAAAAUUGAGGUCUUCAGGAAGUUGAACUACGAGCGCCUCUAGCUUGUUUGUAUUGUCUUUGGUAUCUCGUUUUCCUCUAUGUAAUAAAUAGCUUCUCUAUUAGGUUCAGUUUUGCUGGCCAGUCAUGGUUAGUCAUUGAUAUUAUGGUCAUUAAUGUAGGUAUUGACACCUUAGAUACCUUUGGCAAUGCGAAAAAUGAAAUCACCAUCUCGAGAAAGAUUGAAACAUGAUUUGAUAUAAAAUGUUCUGGUAAAUGGUUGAAUUCUGUGCGGCUCCACCUGGUUUCAUUUGAACUUUGAACUUUGAACAGCAGGCCUUUAUUUUUCUCUUUAUUCAAGUUAAGGUGAUUUUGAUGUCUCUUGUUCAGGAGUGUUCAGAGUUUUCCAGUGCCCUUCUGUGUGUGGCAUUAAUUACACAGUCAUACUUUUUCUUUCCACUCAACUUUCCAUCAAUGUACUUGUGUAUGGCUGUUCUUCCCCACACCAUUAACUUUACAUCUGCCAUGAAACAGUUGGUUAGCUGCAUAAAUAAAUGAGUUUCACUGAUGUUCUAAUUUGCAGAAACGGGAAUUAAAGGUGACGCUAAUCAGCUAAAAACAGAAACAAAAUAAUUUUCAUGCGCUGUGGUUACUGUCCAGAGAUGAAUACGUUGUAUAGUUUUAGGACUGAAGUCUUUGCAACAGUUUAAAUUAAAGCUUCUUGCUGAAUUGGUUUCUGCUUACAAACAGAAACAUUUCUAGAAAUGUUUGUGCGUGCUUUGAUUUCUGUGAUCACAGCACCAGGGUUCUGAUGGAAACUAGGAUUUCUCUCUGUUGCCAGAUUACCCCUUAUGUUGACUUUUGAAUAAAUUUAGAGGCUUUUUUAAUUAUUAUUAUUUCUGUGAAUGAACUAUUUGCUGAUUGUCAGACUUCUAUCAUUCUACGCUCCAUUUAUGUUUUUGAUCUUCAGUGUGGCCUCGCCUGUUUGACUUCAGGUGUUGUGGUUUCUUCAGAUAAAUGUGCUGAUGUCUGCUCUUAUUUCUCUGCUGGCUUUGCUCAAAUAUGUUACCAGAAUUUUUAAGUGAGUUCCUUCUUCUAGCAACGAGCCCUGGUUGUCCUAGAAAACUUGACGCGUCUUGUUUCCUAGUCGCUUAUACUCCCAUCCGAUCUUAAUGUGAACUGGAAAGUUUAAAGGGUGGAAAACCUCUCUGUCCACAUUGAUACUCUGCACAGACACUGCAACAGACAUUCACACACACGCUGACAGCUCACAUCGUCUCUCUUGUCAGACAGUUUUGUAUAAAGGUUAUGUCGUCUUGCCUGCAUGCUGCUCUUGUUUUUACUUUGUACAGAGCUCUUAAUUUAUUCAACAUAGUGUUUAUAUUAGUAAUAUUUGCACACACCGACAAUGAUGAAUUUUUAUUUGUAGCCAUUUGUGCUCCUGGACAAGCAGUAUUUUUUAGGCAAAGAGGAGUUUUUUGUUGAUUGUAUGCAAUCCUGCACUCUUAUUUUGAUUUUUCCUCUGCCUGUGUAAAGCUGUUGAAACGUGUUUGUAAGAAGAACUGAUGUUUCGCUGUAUCUUGUUGGUGGUUUCUUUAAAUCUAAAAGCCUCACGGCGGGGGGUACGGGGGCAGAUUCCUGAGGCUGUUAUGCUGUUUGUACAUUUGUGAAAGUGCAUGAAAACGUUUGUGACAUCUGUUGUUGGUGACUGUCCUGCAGACAGAAGCACUUUGACACAUUUCAGUUCAGCCCAGGGACAGACUGUGGUCCAAGCAGAAGUCAGUAAACUGAUCCCAGAUCAGUUUAGAUGACCUGUGUCUGUUCAUAGAAGCUGAAAACAGGGUUAUUUUGUACAGUUUCGUGUUUGAUGAGAUGAUGGUGAAAAACCCUGACAUCCCGUUUUCUGAUUUUGUUUCUUUUUCUUACCCACUGCUUGCUGAAACCUUCAUGGUGUAAAAGUGCUUAAAUGUGUGCACCCUUCACUCCCCGAUUGAUGUCGUUUGUACCCUUUCUCUGAACUAUUUGAACGUGCUAGUACCCGUAGUUUGGUAGAUGGAUGUUCUGCUUUGAUAACUUUAAGAAAAACAAGAAACUAAAUGUGAUUUUAAGAGGAAAUGUCUCAACAUUUCUCCCCGAGUCGCUUUUACAGAGAGUAGUUUGUACAUGUUGAGUGUUUACCAAUGUUCUAUGAUGGUUUUUCUCAUGGUCUUUGUAUUUCUGUAAACACUUUGGUGAUCCUGUCAUAUCUGGGUUUUAUAAACCAUGAUUAUUUUUAAAACUCA